ACUACUACCACAAAGCACCGCAGAAGAAGACACAUUACUGGCGGUUGGAUUACUAGUGCAGUGCAAUGGGUCUACCUGACUCCUGCUGACCCUAAGAUCGGCCCCCACAGCCAUCUGUCAACAUGCAAGGAUUCUACUCCAAGCUCGACUCCUCCCCCUCCUCGUCCCCGUUACUGGGGGUGGGCCUCGGGGGAGACGGUGCUCCCGUGCCCCUCAGCCUGGCUGUGGAGACAGAGAAAGCUCAGGCCCUCCUACAGACGUUCAGCUCCGCCUCUCUGCUGGCGUCUGCAGGACUCGGUAUGUUCUGCGUAGUGGCGGACCACACCCUCCAGCUGUCCGUCAUCCAGAACCACCUGUGGCUGCGUGCUGCCUUGGACAACGCCACGCAUGGAUUGGUGGGGCUGUGGUCGUGGGCAGUUGUUAUUGGACUAAGGAAAAAGAGCGAUCUGUACGAGGUGCUGCUCGCCGGUCUUCUGGCGUCAAUCAUAGACCUGGACCACUUCUACAUGGCUGGAUCCCUGUCACUCAAGGCUGCUGUCUCACUCCCUCAGCGUCCUCCUCUCCACUGCUCCUCUCUCAUCCCCAUCCUCUGCCUCUCCCUACGCUUCCUCAUGUGGAUCGGACGCCUCAAAGACGCUUGGUGCUCCUUGCCGUGGAUGCUUUUCAUCUCCAUGGCCACGCACCACGUCCGGGAUGCCGUGCGCCACGGCCUGUGGGUGUGCCCGUUCGGCAACACAGCCCCGCUCCCCUACUGGCUGUACGUCAGCACCACGGCAACGCUUCCUCACCUGUGUUCGGUGCUCAUGUAUCUGACAGGAACCAGAGACGUGAUCUCCACCAAACAUGGGGUGGCCAUCGAUGUUUAGAAGUCAGCGACUCACCAGCGACACCUAGUGCUGAUCUGGUAUGGAUUGCCUCUGGGCAAAGAUGUUCCACGCUGUUUGAGACAACUUUAGAUACUUGAAAUCACUGGAGGAAACAUUUGUGGCACUGGAAGCUGUCACUGUAUGAUAAUGAGGGAGAAAGGUACAGUUUAGGUUGGAUGGAAACAUCUGUAAAAUACAUGUAAGCUUUUUAAGAAAGGAACGUUCCAGUGUAAGUGCCAAUCAUGGACUUUUUUCUGAGAUUUUUUUCCUGGUGUUUUGGAAAUGUAUCCGAAUCCUGUUGACUUAUCUCAAGAGUGAUGCUUAUCUCUAAUAACUGUCGUAAGUGUUUAGGGAUCGACUCUUUAAAGCUUUGACAUAUCGUUUUGCAGAGGCUCGCCUGCUGUCUGUUGACCUAUCCAAACCCUGAUAAGGGACCUGAGACUUCACGUCAUCUCUUGGCCUCUGAACUCUUAACUAACCUGAACUUUGACUAUCUGUCCUCAUCCUAAGAAGGAACACUCAAGGAAAAGUCAACCAAAGGUCCACCACAGGCUGUACGACACUGACAUCAUGUUAUUACCAGUGUCACCUUCACCCUCAGUGUGUCCAGCAGUAUAUUACCACUGUUAUUCCACUGCUCAUCUGCCAUAGUAGUGAAGUGUAAUGUGUCGUGCAUUCAUUGUAGAGUAAGUAGUAAAUCUAGCACAUUGCAGUAACAGCUCCAUUAUUAAUCACCCCUAAACACAUAUUAUCUUUUGCUGUAACAACCAGAAGCAUCACCUCUCUGACACUUCAGCUGCGUACGUUUUGCGGCUUGGAUGAGCCAAUCACAAAUAACCUACACAUGCCACUUUUUUUACAGCGGCAAUUUUGACCCUACAGUAAACCUGGUUUAACUGUUGCCAUAAAAGUUUGGAUUAGCUGCUCAGACACAGAUGUUAGUUUAAUCUAAAGCAUGAGGGGCCAGAUGCAUAAAUGAUGUGUAGGUUCUCCAUCAACACUCAAAGAGACACAGAGCUGCUCCUCUGUUUAAUCUGUUCAUUAGUCUACAGUAUGUUGCACAUGCUACACUAAAUCAGUCUGUGAGAUGAAUUAAAUUACCACAGUAGCACACGUACAAUACUGUGGGCCGAUUUUUGCGUUUCCGUUGUCAGUUUAGACGCGGCGCACUGCGUCGAGCUGCGCCGGAGAUGGACCUUCUCUGGAGUAGGUCCACAAGCCAGGUUGCCCACCCUCAAGGUAGCGAUGACAUCUUGUCGACCGUACCGAACCCCCCCAUGUUCCCCCAUCUACCCCUCAAACAAGCGUGUGUGUUGUGAGACUCUCCUCACCUCUGUCUGCAGGACACCAGAGAGAAAGGUGUUUUUAAAUCUCUCUGUGUUCAGCUCUCAGGACUUUUGUAGCAUCUAACUGAAUCUCUGUGGUUUGCAGUUUAGUUUCUCUCCUGCGUCCUGUUUUUACUUUAAAUAUCUGCUUUAUUUCACUGUUUCAUGUUCGCUAUCAGCCGUAUUAGAAGUUGUGUGAAGUUGCUGCUCAAAAACCCAAUAUUUACUUAUUUUGCUGCUUCAAAACAAAAGUUUUUACAUAACCAAAUAACGGGGGACUUAAUUGUGAAGAAUCUGUAGGAAAUGAAAUGUGUUUAUCACUGAAUUAGCAGCUUUUCUUGAAUAAAGGCAAGUCAUAUAAUAGGGCAGGGAGGAAGAGUGAAGGCAUAAAAACAGCCACAGUGAGAUGCUGACGAAGAGCUGCAGACAACAGGCUCUUACUGCACCUCUGCAAACAGCUCACCUCCAACAGGUAAACUUCUUUUCCUGCCCUGCUGUGUAAAAAGGACUUCAGCCUGGAUCAGCUUGUGACUGAACAUGUAGCCCACUUUGAAAAUACCAGGAUAUGAAUUUUUGUCCAUAUCGCCCAGC